AGUUCUUAUAAAAAAAUGUCUCAAAACGAAAUAAGUAACUAUGUCAGAACUGUUGAAGACGUAAAAAAAGUCAUAGAGCAUGCAAAACUUUCGGAAAACGAUCUUAAGCCAAAUGUACAACCUAUUUAUUUCGGAGAAAAAUUUGAAAAUUACAAACUGUUGCAGCUGGAUGAACACAUUCUGUCGGAUCUUAAAUGUGGUCAAACUGUGGUAUUCAAAGGAGAUCAUGAAGAAUCUGCUGUAUUAUGUACUAAGACUAAGACCUAUGAUGUCAAAGAAGCUGAAACUUCAAAUUCAAUUUUAUUACUUCCUGAAUUAACAUUUCCGGAUGAAGAUACCAACAAAACAGAACUUACUAGCAGAAAAGUAGUUGGUAUAUUUCACACAUACUUUGAAGUGAAACCUUGUAAACCACGUCUUAAAAAAUUGAGAAAGUUACUAGAAAGGUCUAGUUACAAAGGAUCAGAACUCGAAAAAGAAGUGUUGGCAUCCAAUGAAAUGUAUACAUUUGAGCAUUUAUCAGCCAAAAUACAAGCUAGUGAUGACCAACUAAAAGAUGCUCUCAAAGAAAUGGGUGCAUUCCAAAUUGAUGGUUAUUGGAGAGUACUAGAGUUUGAAUAUGAAUGUAGAGCUUUAUCGUUUUUAUUAAAUUUAAUUGAUGAACAAUCAUGGCCUUAUAAUACAGUACCUAUGGAUGAAACUCUUAAUAUUCUUGGUGAAUUAUUACCUCCAGUAAUAUUGCAUCACAUUAUUGAUCAAUAUAGUACUUGGUGUGUAUCAUCAAAUUUAAGUCAAACACAUAGAUCAUUAAUUGAAGACAAAGUGUGUAGAUUUAUGGCUGUCGGACUUUUACGUCCAUGCGACAAAUUUAAUUUAACUGAUUUUAAGACAGCCUGGCAAGGAUGUGUACCAGAAGGAAUGACUACUAAUUUGAAACAAUUGAAUGGUACAGUUCUUGUUGAUCAAUCCAGUCACCCACAGACAAUUUGUUAUUUUAAUGAACAAGACUUACCGGAUGAUAUAAUCGAUAGAUUUCAAUACUUAUUUCAAGUCAGAAGUAAAUGGACAUUUGAUGAAAUUCAACCAUUUCUCGAGAAAUUGUCUACUGAUAAAUUAAAUGUAAACAACCUCUUGGCCAAAUAUACUAGAGCUACUAAUGUGGACGGUGUGCGGUUUUAUUGUUCAAGACAUAAUUCAAAGUAAUCAGGAACAAUGUGUUGUUUAUAUUUAAAAUUUAAAUAGUUGACGUUUGUGUCUUCGACAAACAGAUUUGCAACAAGGAUCUGAACACG